ACUACCCGGUCCAGGAUCCCUGUGAAGUGUUUGGCCUGUACCAGGAAAAAGCUUUCUCCUCACAUGGAAACCCAUGGUGAGAAAGUGACACUAUUUCAUGGCGUACGUGGAAGCUUGCUGCUCGAAGGCCCCGUGGAAUUCAAAAGAGGCUGGAGAAAAAAGAAGCGCCAUCUCUUCUUGUUGAAUGAUCUUUUGGUUGUGUCUAAUAAUGUACACAAGAAGAAGUUUAAGAUAAAAUAUAUCAUCCCACUGAGUUACCUCUGGAUUUGUGACUAUGCAGACCUUGUGGGAGGAGAUAACAGGACUGCCUCCAAGUCCAUCUUCCUUUGCUGGCCCAUGGAAAAUUUCGUGGCCACCUUCUGCACCAAGGAACAGAAAAAAUGGUGGUGGUUUUUCCUCCAAAGAUACAUCAAUGAGGCCAAGAUGAAUGGCGAGAGUAAGAGUGCUGCACUGCAGAUGGUCACAGAGGACAUCCGACGCUGCACCAGCGCAUGCGCCUAGACACCUGCUGCUGUCUUUGCCCAAUCCAGAGGAAGAUUCCCAUUUGUUCCCUCCAGGAUAAAUAAAAUAUUCUUUGCAUUAAG